AUGUCCGCCGCUCCCGCCGUUUCUUCGGAUGAUCUGCCUUCGGACGACGCCGUCGCCCAGGCCCGCGCCGCCCUCGACGCCCAUGCGGUCGAGAUCGUGCAGUGGCAUUUCCACGAAUCGACGGGGUGUCCCUUCUGGCUGGAAAAAAAGAAGGAGCUGAAGUUUGAUCCGCUCACCGAGGUGAAGUGCUUCGAGGACAUCAAGAAGUUCCCGGACUUCGAGGACGAAUGGCUCCGCGGCGGGCCCGUGCGGCGAUGGGUCCCCCAGGCCUACGCGGACAAACCGAUCUAUGUCUUCGAGACCGGCGGCACGACGGGCAUCCCCAAGAGCCGCAUUGCGAUCGAUGAUUUUAGGACCGACUAUUCGAACUUCAGCGACACGCUCCCCGACAAGUACUUCCCGCCGGGGAGCAACUGGCUGAUGCUCGGACCGAGCGGUCCGCGUCGGUUGCGGCUGGCGGUCGAGCACCUCGCCCAGCACCGCGGGGGAAUCUGCUUCUGUAUCGACCUCGACCCGCGCUGGGUCGUCAAAUGCCUCAAGAAAGGCCAGAUCGACCACGCCAACGACUACAAGAAGCACUGUAUCGAUCAGGCGAUCACGAUCCUCACCGCCGGGCACGACGUCCGGUGCAUGUUCGGCACGCCGAAGCUGAUCGAAGCCCUCUGCCUCGAACUCGAAGAGCGCGGCACGAGCCUCGCCGAGGCGGGCGUCACCGGCAUCUUCUCCGGCGGCACCGAGUUCACGCCGCAGUGGACGAAGUUCUGCGUCGAAGAGCUCUUCGGUGGCCCGCCCGAGGAGAGCGGCGUCUACAUGACGCCCACCUACGGCAACACGCUGAUGGGCCUGGCGUGCAGCGAGCCCGUCACGAAAGCCAACGGCUACAAAAUCACCUACCACGCCCCCGAACCGCGCGCGGUGCUCGAGGUCGUCGACUUCGACAAGACCGACGAGGUCGUCGGCUACGGCGAAACGGGCCGCUCGAAGCUGACAACGCUCACCAAAGAGUUCUUCGUCCCCGGCUUCCUCGAACGCGACGAGGGCGAACGCGAACCGCCGCACAAGCUCUACCCCUGGGACGGCGUCAGCGGCGUGCGGCCGUACAGCCGCUUAGAGGGCGGGACGACCGUUGGGGUUUAUUAG